AUGAGUGUUCGGGAGUACAAUCUUCGCUUUAAUUCAUUGGCUAGAUAUGCUCCAGCUGUUGUUGUUGAGAUGGAAGAUCGUGUUUACCGUUUCGUGUGUGGAUGGGGAUCCCACUUGAUUAAUGACUGCAUGACGGCCUUCCUUCAGAUAGGAAUGGAUAUUUCUUGUAUCCAGGCGUAUGCUCAGAACCUUGAAGAGUGUAAGCAACAGCGGAGAGCCGCGUAUGAGCAUGACAGGGGUCAGGGCAAGAGAGCUAGAUCUUUAGGUUCUGUCAAGUCACCGGCUCUUCAGCUUGUUCCAGUGGUUAAUGAGUUUCCUGAUGUGUUUCCAGACGAGCUUCAGAAUGUUUCGCCAGGGUGGGAGAUUGAUUUUGCUUCUGAUGUUUUACUAGAUACUAAGCCAAUAUUUAUUCCUCCUUAUAGAAUGGCACUUGCUGAUUUGAGAGAGCUGAAGAAGCAAUGUUUUUCGAAGAUAGAUCUAAGGUCAGGGUACCAUCAAGUUAGGGUCAAGGAGAAGGACAUUCCUAAAAUAGCUUUCAGGACCAGAUAUGACCACUUUGAGUUUUGUGUGAUGUCAUUUGGCUUGACUAAUGCUCCAGCAGUAUUUAUGAAUUUGAUGAACUGUUCAUUUAGACCUUUCUUGGAUCAAUUUGUGAUUGUAUUCAUUGACGAUAUUCUAGUCUACUCUCGAUCUGAGGCAGAGCAUGCAGAUCAUUUACGUGUUGUCCUUAAAGUUCUUCAGGCUCGAAAGUUGUAUGAAAAGUUCUCUAGAUGUGAGUUCUGGAUUAGGUUGUCAGAUUAUGGGAGAGGCUCAUUUCCCAAUAUUUUAUUCAUUUGGAACAACGAAGAUGUGAAGAUUGAGCAUCAGAAGCCCGAUGGGUUACUACAGGCUAUCGAGAUUCUGACUUAG